AUGAAAUCAGGACGCCUUGAACACGAUGGACCCGUCCCUUCUGAUUAUGGCUUAGCCAGUGUGGACUGGGUCGCAUUCCAAGGUGCACCCCGCGGAGGCAUGGUGGGUACAGAACCAAUAGAUGACUGGUGGGAAGGAACAACGUGCAAACUUGUCAUGCUCCCCCCGGUGAGACGUUUAGUAUGAUUUUAACCCUUUAAGCCCCAAUAGUGACCAACAUCAAUUUUCUCCCAACAAUAUCCAUACUUUGUUACGAGAUAAGGUUAUGAGAAUUAAUGAAAUAACCGUUAAGGAGAAAAUGCUUUCAAAUUCUCUCAACUACUUCUUUAAAGAAAUGUAUAGAGAUCAGUUUGGAGAAUUGGUAUGUUGAUAUUGGGGCUUAAAUGGUUAAUAAAGUGGUUAUUGUGGAACCCGGUUAAUACACUAAUCAAUAGGCAGGCGCAAACAAAAAUAAGAGAGAAAGAAAUAAUUGAAAGAGAAGCAAAAAGACAUCAAGAAAAGCGAAAGAAAAAGCCUGGUUUAGAGUGUUUGUAACAUACCUUUCUGUAGUGAUCUUGUCAAAAAAUUCAUGUGAAGUGAACAAGCGUCAGAACUGAGAGCUGCCUAGAGCGUUUUCACUCACGUGGCUAGCAGUUAUGGAAACUAGGUAUAACUUUCUUGAAAUACACUAGAGAAAAGUUUAACUGCCACAGAACUGGUUUGAAAAACCGAAAUGGUCGCUGUUCUAUUGUCUUGGAACACAAUUAUGUCGGACGUGACGUCAUGUGAAAACGCUUUAUUCGCUAUUUACACUUCUCCCAUAAUACACCUUGUUUGAUCCCCAAAACUUUGCAUUUUUUAUUUCUCCUGGGUAUUACAGUCGUCCCAAGAAAAAUAAAAGACAAUGCUUAUGCAAAAUUUGGGGGUCAAACUAGGUGUAUUAUUGGAGACGUGAAAAUAGGGUGAUUUUUUCGUAAUUUUCGAAACUCAUAGGGAGUCAGUUUUUUAGACAACUCGAUUUCACUGCCCUGGGUAAAUAAUUGUUAAUCAACCCGCAACAGUUAUCAAAUUUAAUGACCCAGACAAACAAACUAUUAGGCAAUCACUGCUCAGGUUUUCAUUCGAAAUGGAUUUGCACGAAGGAACAAGAGACUACGUUCUAGACGAAACGUAUCCUAGUAAAUAUAUAUCGACAUUUCAUUACGCCUGUUUUAUUCCAGGGCCGUUUUUCAGCGAUUCCGUCAGUGCUGCUUACAGCCAAGCAUGUCGCCCUUAAGCGUAAAAAAGACGCGGCAACUCUUUGGACGGAGGACAUCACUAGAACUUCGUUUCAGAUAUGCAUCCGGGAACUGCAGAAUUUUGACGGAUUUCAUAGAAAUAUCAGUGUGGUAAGAACAACUCCUUUGAAUUUCAUGAUGAUUAGUAGUAGAAAGCGCGAGUGAUUUGUUUUCUCGUCUGUUUUUGAAUUGUAGAGUUGGAUGGCUUACGAAUAUCUUCCCCGACAGACGUUCGCCGAAUUUGAUAACAUUUAUUUUGCGAAUGGAAAAUCCCCCAAGAACUCCGAUAACCACGCGUUUUGUAAGGUACGACAGAGAAUACAAUAAGGCGUUUGUAUCUAUUUGUGAUUGAUCAAUAGAAUAAUGAAUUGCUUAACUGUUAACUUAUUUUAAUGUAAAGCGAAAAAAAAGAGAGGGGAAGUCUGUGGGGACUUAUUGUUAUCAACUCCAAACGAGAAGCUGCUAUUUUCCUGAUGUUGAUGGUUACUAUAGUUACGAGAUAUGAUGUCACCAAUAGAAUGACCUAGCUCAUUCUCUUGACGUCACAAGUUCCAUGGCGAAAUAUUUAGUAAUUGCUACCGAAAGUCGCAAAAUGUUUAAUAACAUGAUAUUUUUCAGUUCUAAACCAUCUAAUGAGGUCAAGGGAGAGAUGAGGUAUAUUUGACGUUUAAUUUGUAAAGGCUUCAAGAUCAAAGAAGUGUAUUUUGAAACACUUCAUUUUAUAUUACAUUAGUGUUUGAAAAAGUCAAUAUUCUGUCACACAGGGGGUUACAUUCAAGGUGAAUUACAUGAAGAAACCAGCAGUAAUGAUCAGUGCUACACAUAACUCAUCCUCUGGAUUGCUUCCCGAUUUCAACAGUAUUACGUCAUGGAUAGAAGUAUGAAGAUCAAUGGCCCUUACGCAUGAUUACCUCCGAAGAGCAAAUUUCCUCACCAAGUCGAUCUCUUUUGAAAAUGGUGCAUUUAAUUCUUUGCAAUUGCACUGUCUGGCGUGGUUUAUUCUUGGGAAUAAAUUUGCAUGGUAAAACUUUGCUGAUUUUUAAUUUCAAAACGAGGCUUGACGAAAUUUGCUCAUGUUACGUCAACAUGCAUAAGGAAUAUUAGUAUAUUGAUCACGCAUGAUUAUUUUUUUUUAGGAGAGAGAGCCUUGGCACUACGUUGAAUAAUCAGUCAUGCAAUAACACGCGAUAUAGGAAAAAGCCUGAGUUCCAAUAAUGACCGAGCGCGCAGCGCGAGGUUAUAAUUUUUAAGAAAGCUGAGGAUCGAGCGAGGGCAUUAUUCAAUUUAAUGCAUCUUCUAUUGUUUUAUAAUUAGAACCAGCAGGUCGUCAUCGCGACCAAUGAAGUGGAACAGUACAGGUUAUUAUUCCUAAUAAUGACCUCUGUUGCAUCUCAGUGACCUGAUCUUAGCUUCUAUUUGUUGAAAAUAAUAACCUGACGUGUUCAAAACAAUGGAAAGGUGCAUUACAAAGCUGUAUUAUAAAGUUUAUACAGUCAAACCUGGUUAAUACAGACACUGAAUGGGCCGUAUUGACGGGUGUCCGUGUUAAGCGGGUUGAUUUAGAGAAAAUGUAAGGGUUUUUUUUUCCCCAGGGAUAAAGCAAAUCGUACGUAAUAAUGAGGUGUCCGUAUUAAGUGAGUGUCCGUAAAGCGGGGUUCGACUGAAUUAUUAUUAUUAUUAUUAUCAUUAUCAUUAUUAUUAUUGUUAUUAUUAUUAACAAUUUCAUUUUUUUUUACUAUUAUUAUUAUUCGAAUGUUUACAAAUUUUCUCGUGGCAAAUAUGUCGCAAAGAGGUUAAAAGUGAGAAAUAUUUUAAUACUGGGGUAAAGAUGGUAAAUGCCACAUUUGCAUACAAGCUAACACGGGAUUGUAAAUAACAAGGCAAAUGGGCAUUAUAGCGGAGCUCCCGCGCGCGCGCAGCGGAGCACCAUGGGUAAGAAAAUCUGGUAAACUAUUCAUCCCAGAAAAUUUGGUUAUGACGUAGCGUACGUCCGUCCGUACCGACUUUCCGGGUAGUGGAAAGUAGUCCGCAUGGACUCUUGGGGUAGGGGAAAGGAGAGAUUUUUUGGCGGGAAAUCGCAUGGCGCAACGUCGCGCAAUUAUAUCGCGCAACUGGUUUUGAAAAAAAGAAAGCAAGUAGACAGAGUCAGAACGAGAAGAAGGAGAGAAAAUUAUAGUGAAAAACGCCGGCAGGCAGAACGAGACAGAGCUAGAAUGAACAGACAAAGGCAACGCGAAAGAGAAAUACAAAGGCAAAGAGAACUGCAGCAAAAUAUGACAUGAUGACAGAAAGUGUUGUGUUAAUGUCACUAUGGCCCCGCGCUAUUAACAUUUUGAUUUCAAACUGAUCUCGGACUCGAAAAUUCAGUCAGUCAUUUAAAAAUACAAGCAGGGAAGACAGAGGCUUUUCACUUUUCUCACCAUAAUCACGCGUUGAUCACGCUCUACGACCGUUCAAUUUUUAUGCUCUGAUUGGUCAAAAUUUGACAGGUGAGUUCAUGCAGAAACUGAUUUAUACAGCAUCUUGAACCUUGUUUACUUUCAGUUUGACAGCUGAAGCUGACAGAGUAUUUUGUCAACUUGUGAUGUUUUUUACUGUCUUUUUCCACUGGAUGCUUAAAAUGAAAUACAGCUGUUAUCAACAGUCUUCUUUGAUUCAUGGCUGGUUUGUUUAUUGAAUUUUUGGUCGGGAAAUGCGCCGGUUGCCAAAGUUGGAAAUCCGAUUUCGGAUGCAUCGCUUUGGUUGUUACCUUGCUGGAUGCGGGUUGAAAAGUCCCUCAAGCGAUUCUGGUCUUACUUUAUAGCUUUCAAGAGCUGCAUCUCGAAUGGUAAGCCUAAGUAAUUAUUGUAUACAGUGUAUGUUUGUUUUUUUUUUUUAUGUCUAAUUUCAUGAAGUCGAGCGCAGUUUAUGAGGCUAAUUUAUGCACGGUUGUAUUAAGAUCUGAGACAAUGAUCUGAUCUAGUGUAUAUAAGCUUACAGAACUUUAAAAAGCCUUUAGUCGAUAUUUUCUCUCCGCAUAUAGAACGAAAAAACGUUCCGAAGAGUAUUUAGUUAUAAUUUUGGCUGUAGAAAGAAAGCUUUGAGCGAUUUUCUUGCCUCGAGUUCAUCUUUGAAAACAGUAAACACCAGGAAGCCGGCUAAAAGCUUUAAGCUUAAGCUUAAAGACUCAGGAUUUUUAGAGACGCUUUAAUACUUGUCUUCGUGAAUGAAAAUUGUUGUCUCUGUAAAUGUUUCACCGAAUUACAUUUCUUUUAUUGAUUGUUAGUAGUCUCUUACAAUUUUAAUCGCUUUGCCGUUUGUUUUCAGUCGUUCAUAAACAACGCUUGCAGGAGUACUCAAAAUGCUGCUCGUAUCAAACGCUUUUUAAGAUUACACAUCGUUAUAAAACCAUUUAAUAAAAAAAAUAAACACAAUAAAUUCUUUAUUAUGUUGAAGCGUAACUCUUUUAAUGUUCACUGAAAAUUUGGCGCUUGUCAAAAGUGAGAACCGGCUGGCCGUAUAGGUGAUUUUGGAAAUUUUUUGAACGGUUUUGCUAAAAGCCCACGCGUGCUUCGUACGGUUCUGAAUAUUGAAUGAGUGCAAUUUGUCUUGAAAAAUUGUGAAAUACUGCAUUUUGUCUGAGGUCUAUAUGAUAAAAUCAACGCCUCAUAUUACUGUUUCAGAUGUGAUGUAUAAAAAGUAUGAAAUGUUGGUUUACACGCUCCCAGAGUUAUUGGCAAGAUUUUGUUAAGUAAACUUGUCGAACGCAAAAAAUUCGGCCUGAUUUGUUUUCCAAAAAUUCGUUUUCCAGACCUAAUCUACUGUGAUCAAGAGCCAUUAUGGCUCUAAAAUGUGAUCGAAGAUAAUCGCUAUUUUUUGGGUGUAUAUAUACGGCUAUCAAUUCGGUGUAAGAUUUCUUUUUUACUCUAAAAUCACUUAGCCUUAGCUUUCCCUUAAAGUUAACUGAUUUGUGGAUUACAAGUUUAUUGUUUGAUUUAAAUUAUAAUAUUAAUGGGAGCUUCGCUUUUAGCCCUGGCUAAAUCUAUAUAUUCUAUCUUUGCCCCAAAUUUACUCUCCAGUUUUUACAUUUUUGCGACAUAUUUAAUGCGAUGAGCAAAUUUUUACAAAUCCAUUUUCGUUCCAAUACAGGAGCCGAUUAUAUAUUAACAAUAUCAAUCCAAUAACAUCAAUUAGUAAAAUCCAACUAGUGGUCUAUUAUCAAUGCUGCAUUCUGAUUGGUUGAGCUACUACUAGGCUAUAUACUAUAGCCCACUAUUAACGAAAAGCCCUGGCAGUUUGGUGCUCAAAAAAUGAUUAAAGUGUAGCUUUAGUUAGCUAAAGUUGUUUUGUCUCGAUAUUUUUGACCAACUAGUUGACUCAUGGCCUCUGAGUCAAUAGCCCAUGACUGCCGAAGGCCGAAUGGGCUAUUAACUCAGAGCCAAGAGAGGAUUAAGGGGACAGAGAAGGCAUGUAUGGGGGAUGCCUUCUCUGUCCCCUUUAUCCUCUCUUGCUCAGAGCCCAUUCGGACUCGAGCAAUAAUUGUGAAAUACUAGGUUUAUAUUUCACAAUAUAACACUUUAAAGCCCGAUUAGCACAUCGAUUUAUUAUAUUUUAAAAAUAAUUUUCUAUUAAUUUCAUUUAUUAAUCUUUCGGAUUUUGCCUCCCAGAAUAUUGACAACGAAGGGUUCAAGGUUUGCAUGAAAGAACUUCAUCUCAAAUCUGUUUAUGAUCCUGUCGUGAUCACGUGGGUCACAAUUCCAGGUAGAUAAGAACUUAGCUUAUGUAUCGCUUUAUUUUCGCUUAGAAAGUUUUCUCUGACUAGUUAUUUUCUUGAUGGGGUAAACAGAAAAAUAUGGCAGUUUUUCCUUGACUAUUCAUUUUUUAACACUAAAAGUUAAUUGUUUAUUUAGUCAGUCAUAUUAUCAGCCUUCAACGAAUAAUUCAGUCAGUUUGUUUUAGGCGUACCCAGACUUACGAAGGGGAUAAUAACUUUCUGGGCUACAUAUUUUUCUCUCAAGGCACGCCCUAGAAAUUCCAAAACUAUUUUUUUUAGGCAAUUACCUCGCUUGCUUUCUAAACUGUUUAGAUUUUAAGUUAAUUUUAUUUUUCAGUCAGGGUAAAUUAUAAAGAUGAAAAAAAAUCUUCUCUAUCCCCCUAAUAGCGAUCGUUUCUCAAUAAGCGGGUACGAUUAAGAAAAUCAAUUCCGCCAAAGUAAAUCGAAAAUACAUUCGUGUCUUCGACUUAUUGGUAAAAUCCCCCCAACUCCACUCAGUACAGUUGACCACACGUUGUGGCUAUCGCCUGAUGGCGACAAUCUUAUCAUGUGUAAACACUCUGUUUGAUUAGUUCCUACUGGUCAGAGGCUUGGUUUAAAAUGAACUCAUGAGGCUAAUAGAUGUCUUGUUGUUUCAGAAUGCAAUUCACCGUUAGGUGUUGGAAUGUCAGAUAAACGUCGAAUCACAGGGGAUCAGAUGACGGCUUCUUCUCAGAUAAGCAGCAUGUAUGAAGCCAGACUGGGCAGGCUGAACAACAGGGCGUUCCCUGGAGUUCACAUGGGGGCCUGGUGCCCUUUAAACAACACCGGUCAAUGGCUACAGAUCGACCUAGGCCACCUCCAUGUUGUGACAGGCGUUGCUACUCAGGGCCGUAACAGUACGUUGGAACAGAUGUGGGUGGAGACAUUCGAGCUUGCUUUCAGCAAAGAUGACAAAACCUGGGACACAUAUAAAGAAAAUAAUAUCACUAAGGUAGGAUGGAAAUGUGCGUUAACGAAAUUUUGAUCGUUUUACGAAAUUUACGCCAAAUUAAAACAAUUGGAACUAGCAUCAAUAAUGCAAACUGAGUGAAACGUAAAAAAACACCAAAAUAAAUUAAAAAAGCUAUAAAAUUAUGCAGUUGACUCUCUCUCUUAACGGGCACCUCUAUAAGACGGACACUUCUGUAAAACGGACACCUAGAGUUUUCGCCCUGCCUUUCUUUACCUCUAUAUUUUAGUCUAUAAGACGGACACCUCUGAAAAACAGACACCUACAGUUGGUGCCUGCCUUUCUUUACUCCGAUCCGUUCUUUAUUUGACUUUCUAUAACACAGACAUCUCUCUAGGGCGGACACUUGGUGUCAGUCUUCAAGGUGUCCGUCUCAGAGAGAGUUGUCUGUAUAACGCAGCAAAUACCACAGGUGUCUCAGGCUCAUGCUGCUUGUGAGCCCUGUGCAAAUACAAAUGGAGGAAUGGAUGGAUAAAGUUGAAGAAGAUUGAAACGGAUUGCAAUUUUGGUUUUUUUAGAGCUUGUUAACCUAACAAUUUUUGUAGUUUGUAACGUUUGAUUCAGUGAUAGGGAGACUAACUUUUUUGGCAGGAAGCUGUGUUUAAAACAUGUCAUUUACAAUUAAUUUAUCGAGUUCCAUGGUGAAUUACGACGCAAUUAAUUGGCAUUAUAACUAAAAUAAGCUAGCCAGCCUUGACACAACCUCUUAUCAUUUCAGACAUUAUUAAAAGAGGUAAAUUUCGUCCGUAAAUAAAAAUAAUCUUUAAGGCAAUGUUGAUUUUAAAUCAGUCAUACCAGUAGUCUGUCCGUGAUAUAAACAAGGGAAUAACAUCUCAAAACCCAUUUACUUACUAUAUGUUUAGGUUUUUAAUGGCAACAGAGAAAGCAAUAUGGUCGUUGUUAACAUUGUCAAAGAGACCCCGUUAACUAGAUACGUGAGGUUUCUACCCAUUUCUUUUUACGGUCACGUGUGCAUGCGAGUGGAGGUUUACGGAUGUGAAGGUUACACAGGUAAGCAGAAUCUACCACAGACAUACUAUCUAUAAGAUGGGAUACCUGUGAAAAAAAAUCAAUUCGUUCAUUCUCAUUAGAAUGGAACCUACACCGUAUAGGUAUGAAACACUGACUGGGAACUACAACCCGAACGUCAAGGGCUGGUCUAGCUAGAGGCAAGAGCAGGCAGAGAGCUUAAGCGAGAGGCUCAAUAAAAAAAAUGCAUUUUAUAGGGGACUUCAAUCAUUAAAUCUAAUAUUUUCCCUAUUCAGUUCCGUCCAGGCCGUAGUCCACGUUUUGUAGCGUGCCGUAGGCCAAGACCGUAGACUCGUGCUCGUAGACCCCGAAGACCGUGGUCCCCACUCAUGAGUCUGAUAUCACGAGACAAACUUUGAAUCCACAAAUACAUAUGGAAAUGACAAUUUUAUUUACUGAAAAAACUCUCAAGUAACAUUUUUUUGUAACAUAAAAAGCCAAGAAAAGGACUCUUCCAACAUUUCUCUCCCCCUGCCCCCUGCACCUGCACCAAGGCGGGGGUAUAAAUUUGCUUGUGGGAACGAUGGUUAAAACAGUAGGGCCAUUUACACGAGGAAAAAUAAGACGCGUCUUACAUAAGACGCGUCUUAAAUAACACGCGAACUUUCCGUAUAAACGGCACAUUUCGUCUAAAAUAAGACGCGGCUUAGCUAAGACGAGUCUUAUUAGAUAAGACAUGCUCGUAUAAAUGGUACAGUUUACGUCUUAUUUAAGACGCGUCUUAUUUUUCCUCGUAUAAAUGGCUGUAGUGUGACUUACGUAACCCUAUCAUGAUAGCGACCAUUUAAUUUCAGCUAGAUUUGUCCGUUUCAUUGCAGAGCCAAUCCACGUGCGUAUGAUGUCCGAAGGCUAUAACGACAUUCCCUCAAGCCCUGGGGGAGAUUCUUCUAUUACGAUUGACGGUCUUGAAGUUAGUCCAAAUGUAAGUCACGCGUUCGAUUUAUUCAAACAGCUAAAGCAUCAGUGA